AUGGGAAGAUUAUUUAUGGAACAUCAUGGAGGGGUAAGAUAUUAUGAAUGUGCAAAUUGUAAAAAUUACCUAUGUAAUGCAGCAAAUAUAAUUUCGAAACAUUUUUUUGGUGCUUCUGGUAGAGCAAUUUUAUUCCAAAAUGUUGUUAAUGUAAAUAUGGGAGAAAUGGAACAAAAACAAAUGGCAACAGGUCUUCAUCACGCACGUGAUAUCUUUUGCCAGAAAUGUAAAAUGAAACUUGGAUGGAUGUAUGAAAUGGCACAUAAUGAAAGCCAAAUGUACAAAGAAGGAAAAUUUGUAUUAGAGAGAAAAUAUAUUAAGAAAUGUAAAGGCUUUGAGGAUGGAGAAAAAUGUAGUUCGCCAGGAACUGCUGAAUCGAGUACACAACCUUCUCCAAUCGCAUCAGAUGUUGAACAAUGA